AUAGUGACUGGAGGUUAGUCCUGAUGUUCAUCUCUGCAGACACACUGUGUGCUUGUUCACAACAGGCUAAGGCAGAAAUUACUGCAGUUGUGCAGGAUGUGGAGCAAGCCCUGCAGAUUAUGCAGAUGAAGUUAUAUCACACUCUGGUUAAUGUUGUGGUCUGGAGCAGCCACCCUGAUGUUGAAUUUCCUCAGCGGAAAAAGUUGUGUCAAUGCGCAGAAGACUAUAGAAAGAGCAAACACAGACUUGAAAGAGCCAUUCUCACUAAAGCUCUACAGGAAUCUCUUCAUCACCUGCUAGUGGACCAGCACUGGUACAGUGAAAGUGAUGACUUCACAGUCUUUUUGCAGUCCAGUCCUGUGGUCACUGAACACAUCUCUGUUUCAGAAGAAAGUGCAUCACAAGACUUAAACAAUAUUGUUCUUCAGUUAUGGACAAACCUGCUCAAGCCAAUCAGGGAUCAGCCUGUGGUGAAGGACAAUGAUAUUGUCAAUAUCCGUUGCCAUGCUGAGGGACAGCCUUUCCUGCAGACACAGCGUAACUCCCACACCAAGAGUCAGAAAGAUGUACAUGCUUCAGUUAACAGCAGCGAGGCUAUUCUUCUCUUUGACCCGGUAAUGGGUAGCGAGCUACCCUGUAUGGAUCGAAAUCCAUCCACAUCUACCCCCACUUCAGUUCAUGAACUCCGACCUGGGGAUAUCAAAGUGGUGGCAGCAGUAGGGGACUCUCUGACGGCAGCCAAUGGAGUGGGUGCAAAUACAGAUAACAUUUUGCUGGUAAUGAACGAGUACAGAGGACUGUCAUGGAGGUAA